UGUGGUGCUUCUGUGCGCUGCUCCGUCUCUCCAUCUCCUCUGCUCCACCUCGCUGCCCUGUGCGUCAUGAAGCUUGGAUUGAUUGCCUGCAUCGCUCUGUCUGCCACCGGUUGCAGCGCCUUCGUUGCCCCCAGGUCGUCUGCUUCCACCGCUCUCGCCAGACGCUCUUCUUCCCCGCCCGACGCAAGCUGCCGGUUUCCCGCUGCUUCCUCUUCGACCCGGACACGAGCCGCUCGGCUGGACAUGUUCUCUCCCACGGGGAAAAAGGUGGGCAUCGUGGGCGCUACCGGCGCGGUGGGGGAGGAGAUCGUGGGCUGCUUGGAGAAGCGAGGGUUCGCGGUGAGCGAGCUGAAGCUGUUCGCCUCCGCCAGGUCGGCGGGCAAGGUUAAGCAGACUCCCAUGGGAGAAGUGACCAUCCAGGAGUUCUCCCUGGAGUCGGCAAGAGAUUGCGACUUCGUCUUCUUGGCGGUGGGGGGAGACUUCGCCAAGGAGUACGCCGAGAAGCUCACGGAGGGGUCCGGUCCGAUCGUGAUCGACAACUCCUCGGCGUGGCGGAUGGACCCUGACGUGCCGCUCGUGGUCCCCGAGAUCAACCUGGAGGCGUGCAAGGGCAAGAAGCUCAUCGCCAACCCCAACUGCACCACGGCGAUCGCUAUCAUGGCGCUCUACCCUCUCCACAAGGAGUUCGGCGUGAAGAAGUGCAUCGUGUCCACCUACCAGGCGGCUUCCGGUGCGGGUGCCCCCGGCAUGAACGAGCUCCUGGAAGAGACGAAGAAAUACGUGACCACGGGAGAGAUGCCCUCCAACAAGAUCUUCGCGCACCCGCUGCCCCUCAACGUCAUCCCCCACAUCGACGUCUUCCAGGAGAACCUGUACACGAAGGAGGAGAUGAAGGUCACCUGGGAGACGAGGAAGAUUCUCGACGUGCCCGACAUGGCCGUCAGCUGCACGUCCGUGCGCAUCCCCACCAUGCGGGCGCACUCGGAAGCCGUGACGAUCGAGACGGAGAAGCCCAUCACGACGGAAUCCGCUCGCAAGGUGUUGGCAGCGGCCGCCGGCGUCACGCUCGUGGACGACCCCGAGGCUAGCAAGUACCCCAUGCCGCUCACUGCAACGGGGAAGUACGACGUCGAGGUCGGGCGCGUGCGGGCGAACGACGUGUUCGGAGAGCACGGCCUGGACUUCUUCGUGUGCGGGGACCAGCUGCUGCGAGGAGCGGCGCUCAACGCGGUCCUUAUCGCCGAGGCCCUAGUGGCUAGCGGCGUCGAAGCCGACGCGGUCGCUGCUUGAUCAAAUCGACGUGUUCAAGAGUCAUGAAAAAAUGGAUAUUUUUUUAGAGGGGUUGGGCCGGCUGCGCGUGCGCCGCUUGAUUACCGCGUUGCUCCUCCCUAGACGAAUUAUAUCCUAUUAGUAAUAGUGUACGCCUUCGUAGUAAGCGGUUGGGUCAUCCGUCCGGAAACUUUGGGGAAUAUUCUCGGGUCAUUUUUUGUUUGUCGUGACGCUCGCUGCAAUCUUCCUUGUGGGGUAGGGGAGAAGCGGGGUAAGUUUCUGUUGAUUUUUAUAUGGGGCAUAAUGAACAGAUUUGAUUUGCCCGGUCGCACGUCGGGAAGUGACGAGACAUCAACAAGCGGCGCGAUUUCGUUAUGGCAUGCGUAGUUGAAGCGCGGCCCAUGUUGUCUAUGGUCGAUAGCCCCCCGCACCAGGUCCUAUGUGUUGUUCGUUUUGGUGUACCCUUCGGGUGUUGCGUUUGUGUGUUUUUAUAGCACUUUCAUGCUUGUGGCAUUCUAUCAUGGACGGGCGAGAAAGGUACGAGGGGCGAUCGAUGAUGACGUACGUCUAAAUGGCUUGCUUGUACUUUGUUCGGCCAAUCACAUUCGGAGAGGAACCUUUUUGAUCUAUUUUUGGCUCUCUCUGUCUCUGUCUCUCUCGUCGAGACAGAGAGAAAAAACAAGCCAGGGGGGAGGUACGCUCUUCCACUAUCCUCGGGUGCUUGAAGGCCUGUCUGUGGCCCACUCACUGCUGGGCUGACGAACCCAUUGUUUGGGAUCUAGACAUAUAUGAUUGUCGUGCCAUUGCCGACAACUCCUACAGUACCCUUCCAAGAACGCUUCGUCCUGAUGGUACGGUAUGCGCGAGCGUGCGUGCCCGGGCAAACUGUGCGCCUUCUUUUCGCUUCUUGAUUUGCGCGCCAGCAGGCAGGGUGCUGUACCAUACCUAUCCCCAUGUGGCGUUGUUCUCUCAGCUGGUGGGGGGGGUUUUGAGUUUUUCCUGCCGGUUGUUGAACCUUUGGUGCUGCACAGCUGGCGAGGAAAGAGGACUGACGAUGUGUACGUGACAUGGAAGCUACCGGGCUUGUUUCCAUCGGGUACUGACCAGAGUGUGCGCCCCGCGACGCCUCGUGUUCGUCCACCUCCCAUGAAGUACUUCAGAAACAACCAGUUGGCGUCCUACGGUCUUACGACUGUGUCCGGACCGGGUGUGUACCCGAU